UUGUGUCAAAAUAUGUUACGUUAGAUGCUAUGAAGUGUCUUGGAGGAUUUUGGAGUGUGUUUCUGCUAUUUGCAUUUAGCGACUGUCAAAAUAUCUUGGAUAGUGCAGCGGAAGAGAAUGACGAAAAUGAAAUUUUUGAAUAUAAACUAUCCUUACACAAUUCAAAAUCUUUUGCUGAGCAAUGGCUAUUGAAUGACUUGCACAACGCUGUAUCGGAAUAUCAAACUUACAACGGAUGGUACAAUAAUCCUUGGCAUCCAUCUCAAGGUUCAGCAGAAAGCAGUUUGAUUCGUUUAUUGCCAUCAGCAUAUCAAGGAGGAGUAUAUGAACCUGUUAAUCAUAGUAAAGCAAAUCCAUUUAUUGUUAGUGAUAGUAUUAUGAAAGAAAUUUCCAUGUGUAGUGGACAUAAUGAGUCAUCUUCAAAAACUGGAAAGAAUGUUUUUAUGGUCUUUUUUGGUCAAUUUGUAGUUGAGGAAGUGUUAAAUGCAAGGCAGUUGUCAUGUCCACGAAAUUAUUUCAACAUCCAUAUUCCUUCUGAUCAUUAUUAUAAAAAAACUGGUUUAAAAGAAAUGCCUUUUAUUCGAACAAAAUAUGACACAAAUACAGGAAAAUCUCCGAAUAAUCCAAGGAAGCAAUUAAAUUCUGCAACUGCCUGGAUUGAUGGAAGUGCCAUAUAUGGCACAACCAAUGCAGUUUCUCAAGCUUUACGUACUUUUAAAAAUGGCCUUUUAGUAAGUAGUGAUGAAGACCACCUCUAUCCUUCAUUCAAUUAUGGGUAUUUAUCGUAUCUCUCUCCAUCUAGAAAUAUUGAUGACAGUAAAAUGAAGAAAGCCCAUUAUAGAAUUGGUAAUCCCUUGGCUCAUGAAAAUCCAUUUGUUUUAACCAUAAAUAUAAUUUUUUAUCGUUGGCAUAACCAUUUGGCUGGAAUCAUAUGCAAUAAAAAAGAAAAAUGGACAGAUGAACAAUGCUUCAAUGAAGCUAGAAAAUGGGUCAUUGCAACUCUUCAGAAUGUUAUUGUCAAUGAAUGGCUUCCAUCAUUUUUAGGAGAGAAACUACCAGAAUACAUAAGAUAUGACCCAAGUAUUGAUCCUAGUAUCUCAAAUGCUUUUCAGUCUGCAGCUAUGAGAUUUGGGCAUACAUUGGUUCCUACAGGUGUUUAUAAGAGAUUAAAACCUAACAAAUGUGACACUUCAGUGAUUCGCCUUUGUGAUAGUUUCUACAAUGCACAGGAAAUCAUUUAUAACAAUAGUAUUGAAUCUCUAAUUAUUGGAAUGGCUCACCAAGCUGCAGAAAGGGAAGAUUUGUCAAUAGUUGAUGAUUUGAGAUGUUAUAUGCAUGGUCCUCCAGAAUUCACACGAAGAGACCUGAUGGCUCUCAACAUUCAGCGGGGUCGAGAUCAUGGUUUGCCUGGUUAUGUGGUUGCUAGAAAAAUGCUUGUACCUAAUGAAAAUAUUGGAUCUCUCGACUUUGAUAAAAUGGCAGCUAUAUCCAAAUCUAGUUAUAAAAACGUUAUUGAAAAUACUCUUACUCGGCUGUAUUCAUCAAUGGAUGAAGUUGACCUUUUUGUUGGCGGACUGCUAGAAGCAGAUGACGAACUAGGCCCUGUUUUCAAAGAAAUAAUCAGAGAACAGUUUCAACGAAUUAGAGAUGGAGAUCGAUUUUGGUUUGAAAAUAAAGAAAAUGGAAUCUUUACUGAAGAUCAAAUAGAGCAAAUUCGAAAGACAACUAUGUAUGACAUUAUCUUAUCGGUUACGCAGAAUAUUCACAGUAAAGACUUGCAACCUGAUGUAUUUCAUGUACCCACUGAAGAUUAUUUAGCGAAUUUAACAUGUGCAGAUCAUUUCUUACCUUAUGAAUGCAAAAUACGUGGAAAAGAAAGAAAUUGUUUUGCAUUACCAGUAAUAAAAUCUUCAGUUUUAAAAUGUUCAGCUUCUGUGAGUGUGCCACUUUGUUCCACAUCUGAACCGCAGACUUAUGAUUAUUUUACUGGUAGUGGGGCCUCUUUUGUUCUAUCCUUUCUUUUUCUGUUCCUUUUUUUUAUAGGCUCAGUCAUUGCUUUAUUUCUUCUUGUCCAUAUGCGCAAAAAAGAAAGUUUGCGUUUACGACAGUCUGUAAGACAGCAAAGGAAGGUUUAUUCAGAUGAAAAUUCUUGCCUAGCAACUGAGUGGAUUGGAAAAUCAGAAGGCACCAGAGACGUCAUCAUACAUUUUAUGCAAGAAAGAAAACAAAUGUCAAUUACACUUUUAAAUAAGCAGGUUUUGCGAGUAAUUGAUUUGAAGCAUGUCCAGUCAGUUGAAUUCCAAGUCAGUGCAGGAAGUAAUUUAGAUUAUGUUCUAGUGCGCAUUGCCAGAGAGUAUGAUUUGGUUUUGAAAUUUGAAAACCCAGAUGAAAAGGAAGUUUUUAUAGAAAAACUUGAAGCAUGUCUAGGAAAAAUUGGAAUUGGACGUCAAAGAUAUGAAGUAAAUGUGUCUCAUAUGUUGAAAAGUGCUGUUACUAAAGCUCAUCGACAAGCACAGUUAGAAAAAUUUUUCAGAGUUGUUUUUGCACAGGCAUUUUCAAUUAAACAUGAUGAUUCAGAAACUUUGGGAAUAGAUUAUAAUCAAGCGAAAGAAAUUGUUAACAUAGAACUCACUGCAUAUGAAUUUGCUGAAGCACUCUCUUUGCGUCCUGAAGCUUUAUUUGUUAAGCAAAUGUUUGCUCUCAUAGAUGCCGAUGGAAAUGGCUACAUAUCAUUUAGAGAGUUUUUAAAUGUCAUCGUUAUUUUUGCAAAAGGAAGUCCAGAAGACAAAACCAAACUUAUGUUCGAUAUGUAUGACAUAGACCAUUCUGGGAAACUCUCCAGACAAGAAUUUUCGGAUAUGAUAAGGUCCCUUUUAGAGCUGGCAAACCAGUCACUUUCUUCUAGUCAAAUAGAAGAAUUAAUAGCUUCGAUGUUCUCAUCAGCAGGAUUACAGAAGAAGCAAGAAAUAACAUUUGAUGACUUUACACAUUUAUUAGCUGAUCAUAGAGAGGAAUUGGGCUAUGUGCAAUUAAGUUUCAAUAUUGGUGAUGGUUAUAAAGCUGCUCCUGCUUCACGUAAAAGUAUUGCAGUCAGAGCUGAAGAAACAAUUCUGAGAGCUUACAGUGUCAUCGGAGAAGAAAAUCUAUUGAAGACCAGUAAACCUGCUUCUCAUCUGCGUGUUGAAACAAAACCUGUAUUUUAUGAAAAAGAUCCAACCAAACAACAAGUAAAUCGAAUAAUCCGAUUCAUAGAAAAUAAUACUUCCCAUAUAUUUUGGACCAUAUUAUACACAUUAGUAAUACUUGGAAUAUUUAUUCAGAAAGCGUAUUAUUAUUCUGUUGAAGCUGAACAUACAGGUCUGCGAAGAAUAGCUGGAUAUGGACUUACAAUUACACGUGGUGCUGCAAGUUCCAUGAUGUUUGCUUUUGCAACCAUUCUGUUAACAAUGUGCCGCAACACUAUCACUUUUUUGAGAGAGACCUUUUUCCAUAAAUACAUUCCUUUUGAUGCUGCUAUUUCUUUUCACAAGUUCAUUGCUUUCUGGGCACUUAUAUUUACUACAAUUCAUGCAAUUGGACAUGGGAUAAAUUUUUAUCAUAUUGGUACACAGACUGUUUCAGAUCUUCAGUGCCUUUUCCCUAAUUUUCAUUUAGACCCCCAGAAGCCUCCAAAAUUCCCGUACUGGCUGUUUCAAACUAUCACAGGGAUUACUGGUGUCUUUCUGGUUAUCAUAAUGAUUUUGAUGUAUGUUUUUGCUAUACAGUUUGCUCGAAGACACGUUUUUAAUGCUUUUUGGAAGACUCAUAACUUAUAUCCUCUGCUAUAUAUAUUGAUGAUUCUUCAUGGAAUUGGUCACUUAAUACAACCACCAAUAUUUUACUAUUACUUCCUUGGCCCAUGUGUGUUAUUUGUUUUGGACAGGUUAAUAAGUGUUAGUCGGAAGAAAGUAGAAAUUUCCGUCUUAAAAGCAGAACUUUUACCAUCAGGAGUAACGCACCUUGAAUUUAAAAGACCUGAUAAUUUUGAAUACAAAAGUGGACAGUGGGUACGAAUAGCCUGUGUACCUUUGAAUACAAAUGAGUACCACCCAUUUACAUUGUCAUCUGCUCCCCAUGAAGAGAAUCUGAGUUUACACAUCCGAGCUGUUGGCCCAUGGACAACAAAUUUACGUAAAGUAUAUGAUCCUAAUAACUUGCAGCAGCAUGCUUAUCCAAAGAUAUAUCUUGAUGGACCUUAUGGUGAAGGCCAUCAAGAUUGGUUUCGUUAUGAUGUAUCUGUACUAGUAGGUGGCGGUAUUGGCAUAACACCAUUUGCUUCAAUACUGAAAGAUGUAGUUUUUAAAUCCUCGCUAAAACAUAAGAUAUUUUGCAAAAAGAUUUAUUUCAUAUGGGUUACACGAAGUCAAAAGCAGUUUGAAUGGAUGACUGACAUUUUACAAGAAGUGGAAGAAAGUGAUAAAAAUGGACUCGUGGACGUUCAUAUUUUUAUAACUCAGUUUUAUCAAAAGUUUGAUUUACGUACGACAAUGUUGUAUAUUUGUGAGCGCCAUUUCCAGAGAGUUUGUGGCAGAAGUCUCUUUACUGGUCUUCGUGCAAAAACACAUUUUGGCCGCCCUGAUUUCGAAGUGUUUCUGAAUUCUUUACGAUUAGAACACUCUGAGGUGAGUAAGAUAGGUGUAUUUAGUUGUGGCCCACCACCUAUGACUCGAAGUGUCGAGCUCUCAUGUGAAGAAUUAAAUAAACAUGAAGGUGCAAUAUUUGUACAUCAUUAUGAAAAUUUCUAAGAAUUAGUGAAGGAAAUGUUUGCUAAUUUAAAAUAAUUAACAGAAAUGCUAAUCUGAAAUGUUUUUAUUAAAAGGGUUUUGUAGUUGUUACAAUUUUGAAAGUAAAUUUUUUACUUUUCUUACAUGAAAAUGUGAGUGG